AUGAUGCGCAGUGCAUUACAGAUUCGCGAACCGUCGGGACAAGCUACCAACGACGUCUUUCUCAUCGGCUGCUGCGAGCCAAGUUCUCACGCCAUCGAGAUCAUGCAGGUCGAGGCACCUAACAUGGCCGCGUCGUCCUCGCCCCUUUCAUCGCUCUCGUCGCUCGUUCCCUCGUCAGUCCCCUCGAUCGAGCCUGCACCUGCAGUUGCUGGCAGCCGAGCCAAGUUUACCUACUCGCGCAAAUCAUUGGCAUCCGAACAAGACGACCAGGCGCGCGGUGCUCAGGAAUCGUCCUCCUCUUCCUCGCAGCCUGCAUCUCCUUCAGAUAACCUGUUCGACUCGCCCAUGCGUUCGUACGGUCGCAGCAACGCGUCUCUGCGCGCCGAUCACGGAGCCAGCGACGCGAUCGUCACUUCAGAGAGCUCGCCUGCUACCACGGUCCCCGCCGCCAACUCGGCUAUCAAGAUCGGUCCCUCCUCUCUCUUCCGUCGCGUCGACUCACAGCCAUCCCAACACAGCGACGAUGACCAUCACGACGAUCCACAUCCACAAAGCCCGACAGCUUCGCCUGCCGUCAACCGCACAAAGAAAUUCAACCUCGGCAUGGCGAGGGCCAUCUUUGACUCGGACUCGGACAACGACGCUGACGACAGCAAUCAAAGGUCCAACGCCACGCAAAGAGUGCGACCUGACAACAACGAGCACGGCGACGAUGAUGCCAUCAUCGCACGCAUCCGUGCUCAAGCUGUACGGGAAGCAGAAUCGGAUCCGUUCACCGGCUCAUUGUCAUCGGUCCCUCCAUCCAGCUCCCAGGCGCAAUCGUCGUUGCAUCGCUCAUCGCUCGGUUCAGCUGACGAGCAGAUGGCUGAUGACGACCAAGAUGGCAGCAUCACCAUCACCCGUCGUCGCGGCGCAAAGGUCUCCGCCAUGAAGGCAAGAGGCGGCCAGGCUAAGCAUUCCAAGUUUACCUCCUCGUCAGAUAAGGAAGCCAGCGCUAUCUCGGACGACGACGACGACCAUGUCCGAUCGCACAAGCCGCGCACAUUCAAGCUGGUCAGCUCCGCCUCAUCGACCUCAGCCACUCCAGCCGACCAGGACGAUGUCCAUGACGCGACCGACACGACCGCACCGUCCCGUCGCCAAGUCAUGGACGCGCUCGCUGCCAGGGCGAGGAAAGCACACGGUGAGGCAGAGGCAGAGAACGACGCAAACACGCAGGCGGAUCCCCUCCUCGACGCCUUUUUUGGUGGUACGAGCCCAGGCCGAAUCCCGUCUCGUUCCCCGUCCCUCGACAUCCAGGAGAGCGAUAAGGAUGAGCACAACGACGCAAUGCCAGCAUUCAUGGCUGCACCUGGUACAAACGCCACGGCAAAAUCCAAGCCGAAGAAGAAAAAACAGGCACCCAAGGAGCGAGACAUUCUCAGCGAUCUCGAGGACGACUCUGAACGUGCCCACGCAAAGGCAGCCUCCAAGCGUGCAGCUGCAACAAAGGAAAAGGCGCCUCCCAAAGUCAAACCUCUUAGCAAAAAGGAGAUCGAGACCAUGCACCGCCAGACCGCUCGCAUCGCUCGUGAAAACAGAACACGGCUGGCGCCUACUCAUCAGAAGAAGACCUUCGGUCUCAACGCCCUGCUCAGCAAGAUCCGCACCACCGAAACCAUCCGUGGUACCGGUGUAGCCGCUGUCACGAAUGAUGCCGCGGACAGUGCUUCCAGCGAAGCGGCUCAGUCUUCGUCGCAGAUCCCUUCGGGCCAAUCCAGGAGCCAGCACGCUUCCGAUCCGAUCGAGUCCGACCCCAUUCCCGAGCGUUCCAGCCCUCGUCCAAACUAUUCCAGUAGCCCUGUGGUCCCCAUGUCUAGGCAGCAGGAGCGCAAACUCGGCCUCGACCAGAGCACCAGCAGCGCCAACUUUCUCCAGAAUGGUGCUGCCGGUCGAGUCGCCGGUCUAGCCACCAAGCAAGAUCAGCAACCUCUGCAGUCGCACCACCUUCUCGUGACGGACGACGAAGACGAUCUGCAAUUGCCAGACCUUGCAUCCAUCGUCAAGCAGAGCAGGGAUCAACAAGACGCGGACAAGGAGGCAGCUCGCAAGAAGCAGCAACUGAGAGACAUGAAGCUGCGCCUUCUCGAGAAGGCACGUCAGCAGCCAUCGACUGCAGACUCGAAGCAGGCCGCCGCAGCAUUAGACUCUCUUUCGAAGGCAGGCGCUGUCAAGAUCGACGAAGAGGACGAUCUCGAAGUGUAUCAACCUGGAUCCGUUCUGGCCGCAAAGCACAACUUGCCAGCGACCCCGGGCAAGAAGCGACCCACUGAUCUGCUCUACCGCGAAAUUGGCGUUCGUCCGGGAAAGACGCCUCCCUCUCGCAAGUCGUAUGCUGGUACCAACGCCAACGGUUCGCCCAGCACCACGCUCCACAAAGUUGAUGACGUCGAGAACGCCGACGAUCAAGACGACCUCGUUGUGACUGACAGCCAAUUGCGUAGCGCUGGCAAGAGCCUCUUCAUCGCCACCGACAAAGCCGCAGGAGAGGUCCCCACCACGCAAGCGCACGCAGCCUCGACGCAAGCCCCUCGAGACGAGACGACCGCGCAUGCUUCGUCCACCCAAGCAGGUGGUCGUGCCGGCCCUCCAAAGAUGACGCAAGCGCAACUCAAUGCGACGCUGAUGCGCAAGAUGCAGUCGCAGAGCCUCAAAGCGCGUUCUCAGAACGGAGGCAAGAGCGCAAAUGGAAAGAAGGCAAUCGCACCCGAUGCAAACAGGCAUACUCGUUCAGCGGCUCCUGAUGUCGAAGCCAUGCUACAACGAUUGGGUGAUGCAGCAAAUGGAGAGGAGCAAGCAUCCGGCCUCAACGAGGGUGGCGAAGCGGACGACGACGAGGACGAUCCCGAUUACAUCAUGCCACCAGCACGUCACGCUGAGUCGGUCAUCGGCAGUCAGAUCGGCAGCGACGUCGACAUGGGCAGUGCGAGCGAAAUCGAGCCUGCUGAUGACGAGCAAGACUUCAUCGACAUGGGCAGCGCCGACGAGGAUGACGAGAACCAGAUCGUCGAUGAUGCCGGGAUUCGUGACGCGAUCGAAGAUGCCGACGAUGAUAGCGAAAAGGAGAACGCUCCUCCGCCCGCCAGCCAACAAUCGCAGCGUUCGAAUGCGUCGCCCAGCCUUAGCCGCAGCCUGCUGCCUAGUCGUGCUGUCAUGGAUGACGAUGAGGACGAGAUGCCUGCAGCACGACCGAAUGCGAGGAGAGCGAGACGCAGCGCCUUGGCGGACGAUGACGACGGUGAUGACGAGGCAGACGAGAAUUCCCUCCGACCUGGUCCCUUCGACAGCAGCCGCAGCGUCAUUCAAACAGGCAGCACGGGACAGAGUCAAGGCCUCACGAGGGUUCCGCUUGGUGACAUCUCAAGCCAAUCGAUCGAUCAAAGCAUGCCCUUCUCUCGUUCCAACACUUCCUCACCGGCCGUCCAGCAUGCUCAACCUCCAGGCGUGGCUGCUGCUGUUCGUCGUGAUCCUCUCGUAAUCCUGCCCAGCACAGGACAGGUUGAAGACGAAUCCUUCCGUACAGACGAUAUCCCCUCGCAGGCCGGCGACCUUGGACGUUUCUUCGAAUCUACCAUGCCGCCUCCCGCCACCAGGUCAGCCUUUGCUGCCACGCAAGCUCCCAAGGACUUCUGGGAUCAGACACAGACCCAAACGCAGCAGACGCAGAGCCAGAGUCAGCUGCCGUCUUCGAUCCGUCCGCCUCAAGCAACCAACGAGCGACGAGAGCUCGUUCGCGACGAAUCGGCGAACUCAGCGCUCGGUGCCUUCUUCCAGGAUACGCAACAGGACGAACUGCGUGGCGAGAGCCUCGACAUUUUCGACAACCCCAAGAACGCAGACGGCAAGGCGCACGGUUUCACGCAGUUCUUCUUCGAUGGUACGCCUUCUGCCACUGGCGACGGUCAGGGAGCUACGGACGCUUCGAAGGCUGGUCCUAGCGUGUGGGAUGCUUCGGCGAUGCCGCCGCCAAAGUCGACGGAGGUGGAUGCGUUUGCGGCGCUGCGCAAGGCUCAGAUGGGCGAGGCGAUGGAUCUGCUGGAUCCGACACCCUCGGUGUUGCCGAGCUUCGACGAGAGUCAAGCGGAGCGAGAGGCGUACGCCCAAGCGCAGUCGAACGGUCAGAUGGCCAACAAAUCGCCGGAGAAGAUGUACAUGAACCGCGACGGAUUCUUUACACAGACCAAGCCGAGCCAGCAGGUGGGUCUGUGGUCGCAGUACGACACCCAAGGCCUGUCGCAGAGCCAGCAGCAGGGCGCCGGCGGUGCUUCGGGGAUGUGGCUGAGUCCGGCUGCGCCGCGAGGAUCUGCGCGGAGGGAUAGCGAGAUCAGCGACGGUGGCGCCGGUCCGAUCGCCUCCGUGUUCGAUGAAGACAGGGACGAGGAUGCGCCCGUUCAGUUGAAGCGGCUGCGUCGCGGUGGGGCACACAAUGCGGUCGCACAGGACGCUGAUCAGCAGGAGGACGACGUUGAAAGCGAGAUCGAUGACGAAAAUGGUCCGCCGUCGAGUCAACCCGAGCCGAAGACACGGAAUGCAUUCGACGUCUUGCGACAAGGUCCUCUACAGGUAGCAUUCGAUGACGAGCCCAUCACUAAAGGCAAGAAGCGCAAAUCUGCAUUCAUCGAAGGCGAAGCCGAAGAGUCCGAAGACGAAGAGCUCGGCGGGCAAAAGCGCCAAGAUGGAGGUGGACUCAAAGGCGUCUUCGGCGACGACAAAGACAGCGUCUCCGGUGCCGACGAAGAUGAAGACGACGAAGACGACGCCGAUGCCGCAGAUCUACAAGAACUCGUCGAUAACGAGCGCGAGCUCGACGAAGCCGAAAAGGACGAAGCAGCCCGCGCCCGUUUCCGCGAGGACAUGGAAGCGCGAGACCGCGAAGACCUCGAACUCCACCAGAAAGCCGUCCUGGGUGCGUACCGCAACCGUCGUCGCGGCGCAGGCCUCAACGGCAUCGAAGGCUUCCUGGACGAGGACGCAGACGACGAGGAGCUCAAGAGGCGAGCGGCACUCGGAUCGCACAUGUCGGCUUGGAAGAAGCGCAAGCUGCUCGACGGCACCGAGGACGGCAUGGACGCACUCGCUGCGCACGAGGAGGCGCAGGCGUUUGUCAAGAGCUAUGCUGCGACGCACGUGGUCGACCACGAGUCGGAGAAGUACGAUUUCUUGACGAUGGCUGCUGCUGAUCGGGACAGUGAUGAGGACGAGGACAUGGAUGGGGAGGAGGAGCGGGAUGCGGAUGAAGAGGAGGAGGAGGGAGACGGGCUGCAGGAGGAUGCGUUUGGUCCUGUGGUCACGAAGCAGCCGCGUAAGAUCGGGUAUCAGGACGUGGCGAGCAUCGUGAGGGAACGCAGGAAGGCGAAGCAUCGAAGCGCGUUGGAUGACGAUGAGGACCAGGAAGAAGAAGAGCAAUAUCGCCGGAAUGGCGAUGGAUGGGACUCGGACGAAGACGAUACUGAAGCUCGAUUGGCUAACGCUCUGCACGAUCGGAUCAAGGGUGUUGGUGCGACUCGGAAUGGAGCGAUGCAGCCGAGCCUUGUUGCACAGCCCAACCGCCGACCGCAGCUCGGUGUGCAGUACGGCCGUCAGAGCUCUCGCGCCGUCGAUACAGCGCUUGACAGCGUCGAGUCGAUGGACGUCGACACGCAAGACAACAUCCACGAAGCAGCAGCGGACGACAUGGACGACGACGACGGUGCAGGCUCCGGCUCGCUCAUGGCGCGUCUCCUCAGUCGCCGUCCCGCUCCCCGACCCUCCACCCUACGAUCCAGCUCGUCCCUCGCCACCCCGACAGACACCCUCGAAGACGCCGAACCUGAAUGGGGCAACGACGCCAACAUCGUCCGUGCUCCCAAGCCCACGGCUGGCGGCGGUGGUGCAGGGUCGCAGUCCUCCGCGUCCGCGUCGAAGCUUGCAUUCGGAGCAGCAGGAGGGAAGGCGGACAGGUUCAAGACGGGUAAGGAGCGUGGGGUGGGCAAGACGGGGUCGAUGCUGCUGUCGAAACAGGGGAUCAUGAGGAGGGAGAGUGGAUUUUCGAGUUCGAGUUCGAGCUCGAGUUUGAGGUGA